AUGAUGAAAUAGUCUAAAAAAGUACCUUUAAACUUGAAAUUAAUGGUUAAAAAUCAAGCUAAUUUUUAAGAAAAUGAAGUAAUUGGAUAAAUAGAUUCUGAAUAAGAUUUAUAGAUUUGUGAAAACAAAAAUACUAUUUAAGAAUUCAAUGAAAACGAAAUAAGUGAAGAAAGCCCAAUUUUGCUAAAAUGUAAAGAAAACAAUGAAGCUGCUCCAAAAAAUAACAUAAAAAAUGAAUUACUAACUUCAUCCUAUUUCUUUUAAGGUUAAAAAUAAUAGUAAGUUAAUCAAAAUUAGAAUUAAGAUGUCUAAAAUAAUUCGAAUAAUGUGGUUUCUGUUCCAAAGUAGAGGUUUGUUAGGAGAUAAUUCUAAUAAAAAGAAGGGUAGUCAUCACAGGGAAUGAAUGGAAGAAUUUUUAAAAAUUUUGAUAAAAGUCAAACAAGACAAGAAUAAACAGAUAAUUUUAUGAAAAAGUCAAUAAGAAGUUCAGCAAAUUUAGCCAAUUAAAAUGAAAUUAAUCUUUUUAAGAAUGACAUCCUUGCAAAUGUGGUAGAGUGCUCUAUUUCUACUUAGAAUAUAAAAUAGAAACAAAAAAAUUAGAUUAAAAUCAAUCCUGCAUACAAAUUAGACGAAAAAUUUAUAGAAUUGAUGAAAAGCAACAAAAAUGAUAUGAACGGUGAGCAUUUCGAUGAAAAAGUUGUUUCUCAAUUCAAGAGUCAAUAGUCAAUUGAAGAUCAUAUUCAUACCUUUUGUACAGUUAAGCAUGUCCAUAAACAAUAUUAAGUGAUUUCUAAAACCCAGAAUGACCUUGAUAUGUUAAAAAGAUCUAUGAUAUUUAAAGCAGGUAAUUAUCUUGAUAAAAAAAUAUAGUCCAGUGAAUUAUUACCUGAAAGUGAAUAAUAAAAUUUAAUUUAGCUUUAUCAUUAAAACAUUUAAAGCUCAAUGGAAGAUUGUCUACAAAGUAACUCAAGCUUAAAAAACAAUAUGCCAGUUUCAGUUUCUGCUAAAGUUAUACAAAAUAAUUUUAUGGAAACCGAAAAUACACAAGAAACAAACCAAAAUUUUGCUAAACUUAAAAAUGAGUGUUUUAUUUCUGAGAAAAUGCAAUUAUAAGCAAAUCCUAGUAAUGAAAACACAUAAUGCUGCACGCCCCCUUAAAAACUGUAAUUAAGCAGCGAUGUAGAAUGUCCAAAUGACAAAGAUUAAGAAAGUGAGCCUAAAAUAAAUUUAGAGGCUAAAUAAGAAAAGAAACAAUUUGAAUCACAGAAAAUUUAAUAAAACAGGUCACUUAAAUCACUAAGUUAAAAAUAAUAUUGUGUUACAUUCACUGAUAUCCAAAACGUAAAGAACUCUACAAAAGAAUAUGCAAACUUAUUUAAAGGUGCUCCUAUUUAACAGAUCCAAAAUAUCUAAAUGAUAAAAGAUUCUGACGAAAACUUCUCAAAGCUACAAAAUUCAUAAAAUUUCAGGAUAAGAUCCACACUUAAAAGGGAUAAUUUAAAAUUUUAAGAUUCUUCGUUAGGUAAUUAAAUAUCUAAAAGUAGCAAAGAUAUUUUUUCAUGUAGCUACUAAAAUAUUGAAAAAAUAAAUUAAAAUGAUGAUAAUUAAGAAGAUUUUGAGUUGUUUAAUUACUUAAGUUGUCACUUAAUACCUGAGUAAAUCGAGUCUAAUUGCAGUUUGGAUAAAGCAUGUUAUGAUAUUUAAUAGAAAAACUUUAUAGUUAGAAAAAUUAAGGUUGAUGAAGUUCAACCUAAAUCCAAUAACAAACUGGAUAUUACCAAUCAGUAUAAAUAUGCUAGAUCAUCAUCAAGUUAGCAUAUAAAUAGAAAUUUAUUACCAAAAAAAUAUUAAAUUCAAUUAAAAGAUUAAAAAAAUUGA